GCUCAAUACUUACUUACGGUUAUGGUGGAUACAUUGACGUUUGACCGCGAUGAGCAGCUGGGCUCUCUCCUCAUUAGCCUCGUGGUUUCCGCAGUGAUGUAUGGAAUCACGACUUUUCAAGUGUAUAUAUUCUUCAAGAAGGAUGACAAUAGGCCCAGGGACCCGAUGCUCAUGAAAGGAUUCGUGAUAUCUUUGUGGAUCCUUGAUACACUCCAGCAAGCCUUUGUUACCCAGGGCGUGUAUUGGUACCUGGUCAACAAUUUUAAUAACCCGUCAAAUAUCAUGGAAUCGACAUGGGGUCAUACGGCACAGAUAUUCAUAACCGCAAUCAUGAACUUGUCAUGUCAAGGCUUCCUAAUACGACGCAUAUGGUAUCUCGCACCACCGAAAAGAAAGAUGAUCGUAGCAGGCGUCGUGUGCUUCAUAAGUCUCGUAUCUCUCUGCGCUUUUAUUGCUAUGAUCUCGGUCGGAGUAAUAUUUGUCCAGGUAAACGAUAUGUCCCAGAUCACAAGACCUGGAUCGCGAAACAGCUUCUAUGUCACGCUCGGUGCAGGAAUGGGAUCUGACAUCUGUAUCGCGAUAUGUCUGUGCUACCAGCUCUCAAGGAGUAGACCAAGCAUCCCCAGAACGAAAACAGUCAUCGACAAGCUCAUUCGCUAUGCUAUCAGCACUUGUUUACUUACAAGUUUGGUCGCUACGGUAUCAUUUAUAGCUCUAGCAACACGGCCUUCCUCUAUGGUAUUUAUCGCCAUAUUCUGUCUGCUUUCAAAGUUCUACUUCAACACGCUUAUGGCUACACUGAACUCCCGUAUAGAGUUGCGGCGUCAUUUGGACGGUCCUACUGUCGUGUCGCUUGACUUGCAGUACGACAACGAAAUAGGAAUCGAUCUGAAUACAUUAUCUCACCCUUCGGGGAGGGAGGGAAAGAGGCGUCACGAUAAUGAUCUAACGAGCACUUGUGCCUCUGGUACGGAGACAGGAUUGCGGGUGAGCUAUCUGUAUUAUCCGGGUUUGUAGGCUUCUUCCUCAUGUAUUAUUCACAGUGAUAUAACUAGGCCGUCGGGAAGAAACCCGGUGAUCCCCUGGGCUGCUGCCUAUUCGGCAACAUUUGAUUAGUCCAUGUGCUCUAUCAUUUCUUUUAGAAUCCAUAAUGUAAGAAGCAAAAGCUGAACAAAGAAAGUCUGAGGAAAGAAGAUUAGUAGGUGUGGUACGAAGUUAUGGCGAUACUUCCCAAGUCUUGAGGCGGUAAAAGUUCCAUUCGCGUCUGCGGGCAACAAGCAGAUAGACUCCGAGUGGGAACUAAG